CAGCGACGCACCUCCUCCCAGGCGCCGUUGUUUCAUUUGCGCCAUUUUGUCCGCUCACUUUGUUGAUUGGGCUUUAGCGAGCUGUACUAGAGCCAAUCAGAGGGAAACCGGACAGCGAAGAUACGUCACGAGAGAGGAUUGUGACAAUAACAGGACAUGGAGCAGUAUACCACUGCCACCACCACCACUGGGGAGCAGAUAGUUGUGCAGACUGCUAAUGGACAAAUCCAGCAGCAGGCACAGGGCACAGUGACGGCUGUGCAGCUGCAAACAGAGGCGCCAGUGGUGACGGCCUCAGGCCAGCAGGUGCAGACACUCCAGGUAGUCCAGGGACAGCCUUUGAUGGUCCAAGUGAGCGGUGGGCAGCUCAUCACAUCAUCAGGACAACCCAUAAUGGUGCAGGCCAUGUCAGGGGGGCAGGGUCAGACCAUAAUGCAGGUUCCUGUUUCUGGAGCCCAGGGACUACAACAGAUUCAACUGGUGCAGCCGGGGCAGAUCCAGCUGCAGGGCGGUCAGACUCUCCAGCUUCAGGGCCAGCAGGGUCAGCCUCAGCAGAUCAUCAUCCAGCAGCCCCAGACUGCCAUCACUGCCGGACAAAACCAGGGGCAGCAGAUCAGCGUGCAGGGCCAACAGGUGGCACAGACAGCUGAUGGACAGACCAUCGUCUAUCAGCCUGUCAAUGCAGAUGGAACUGUCCUGCAGCAGGGAAUGAUUACAAUUCCAGCUGCCAGCUUGGCAGGCGCACAGAUCGUACAGGCGGGGGGUGCCAGCACCAACACGACGAACAGCGGACAAGGCACUGUGACCGUCACCCUGCCCGUCUCCGGUAACAUGGUCAAUGCAGGUGGAAUGGUCAUGGUAAGACCCUGUGCAGAGAUGGUGCCAGGAGGCGGAGGAGUUCCCACGAUGCAGCGUAUCCCCCUGCCAGGGGCUGAGAUGCUGGAGGAGGAACCUCUGUAUGUCAACGCUAAGCAGUACCAUCGCAUCCUGAAGAGGAGACAGGCCCGGGCCAAGUUGGAGGCAGAGGGCAAGAUUCCCAAAGAAAGGAGGAAAUAUCUACAUGAAUCUCGCCACCGUCAUGCUAUGCAGCGUAAGCGAGGAGAUGGAGGGCGUUUCUUUUCACCUAAAGACAAGGAGGAAAUGGCUUUGGCUCUGGCACAGGUAUACUGACUCUAGCUUCAGCAGGAUGUCGCUCAGGCAGCAGCAGACGACACGGUGGCCCAGAUGAUCAGAGUCUCGUAGCACCUCAGCCAACAUCAUCACUUCCCUCUGUGAACUCCACCCUGUCUGAGAUUCUUCAUCCCCCCAUCUCCCAAACCUACGGUCUGUUAUCAAACACCAAACCACAGCACUGCCACUGGGGUUUAUCAACCUUCUUCCCACUCUCACACUAGUCUUCCAUGGAGCUGGUCAUGUGGCAGCUGAGACUAUGGACUUUGCUCGUCUUUCCUGAAAUGGCAGAUGCUUCCAUGUUGAUCUUAUCUGGUCAAGUAUGUAGGACUAGAUUUUUAUUCUCAUGAGGAUUUAUUUGGACGAUAAGGAAAACUUUUUUUGUAACCUGGCCUAGUCAAACAGAGGAAGCUGUGAAGCCAUUCUUUAGGAACCUUUCUGUUUAACAGAUGGAAAUUUGUCAACAGUGGAUACUUGUUGCUUUAAAUAUUUUUUUGUAAAUGGUACAGAUUUUUUUCAGGAACACUAAGUGCUGAUGCUCCACUUGUGCCCUGAAUCUUUUAUUUUAAGUCUUGUUUUUUUGAAAUAUCAUUUUUCAACUUGUGUUCUUGAGGGUUAGAUUAAACACCUUUGAAGUCCAGUGAACAAAAACUGAAAUAUGAUACAAAUGUGAAAAUAUUGUACAGAAUGCCUUUUCCCCGAAUAUGUACUUACUGUUUUGCCUAAUUCUGUGGAUGCAUUUUAUACAAUUCUGGUGUUAGAAGUAGUGUUUGUAGGACAAAAAAAUAACUCAUCAUAACAUGAUGCAUAUUAUAUCAAUGACUUCAUUGGUGAUUUCACCUAAGUGUUUCAACAUACACAAUAGCUGUUUUUACCCAUCAGAUGCAGUUAUUUAGUGUUUUUUCUAUAAGAAGAUUUAACAUUGAAUUCAUAAGCCUGUAUCCAUGAUUCUUUUUUAAGUUAUUGGUGGUCACUCCACUAGUUAUGAUCAUCUUAAAUUAUUCUAUAGCUGUUAUCAUUUGCAUGCGGUCAGAACUUCAUGGGAGUUGUAGUUUUCCACUUCUUUUUAUGCUGUAUGUCAGUUUAUUCAUUGAUUGAUAAUAAAUUUUUUAUAUAUUUAAAUGUGA